AUGCGAAAGAUAAGCUUUCUCUCGCUUGCGAAGUGCUUCAAUGGAUGUCGUGAUCAUACGCAAGUCACAGGAGUUGGAACCAGGAUUUGGAACUUCAGUGACAAGGCAAUUGAGUUGCAGGUAAGAGUGGGAUCAAUACUCAAGAAAGCUCAUUCUUUGAAGCCAGGAUCAUCGAAAAGGCUGAAAUGCAAGAGUAUUUAUAAGAGUUACAUGCCUGGCAAAGGAAAAGGAAGCAAUGGAGGAGGGAUGAGGAGCUUGCUGUAUUACUAUGAUGAAACAUGUCAACCCUAUAUCUGGAUACAUGAUACUGGAUGUGAUUUCUCUAGGAUGGUGAAGCAACAAUAUAUUAGUCUUGAGGAUUUGAGGGAUUGUUCUGAGAUCAGGAUCUUCAGGGAUCAUCAGAGGGGCUGCAUAUCAGUUCGUAAGAAGUUCAGAUCAGACUUUUGUUGA